CACUCCUCGACACCAGGAUUUCGAGGACUUGGAGCGCAAGUACUGGAAGAAUCUCACCUUUGUCUCUCCAAUUUAUGGGGCUGACAUCAGUGGCUCCCUGUAUGAUGCAGACGUGGAUGAAUGGAACAUUGGCAACCUGAACACCCUCCUGGACAUGGUGGAACACGAGUGUGGCAUUAUCAUAGAGGGUGUGAACACUCCCUACCUCUACUUUGGGAUGUGGAAGACAACUUUUGCUUGGCACACAGAGGACAUGGAUCUCUACAGCAUCAACUACUUGCAUUUUGGGGAGCCAAAAUCCUGGUAUGCCAUCCCUCCGGAACACGGCAAGAGGCUGGAACGCCUGGCAAAAGGAUUUUUCCCAGGAAGCUCUCAGGGAUGUGAUGCUUUCCUCCGUCACAAGAUGACCCUCAUUUCUCCCUCCAUCCUGAAGAAAUACGGGAUUCCCUUCGACCGGAUCACCCAGGAAGCUGGAGAGUUCAUGAUCACAUUCCCUUAUGGAUACCACGCCGGCUUCAACCACGGCUUCAACUGUGCCGAGUCCACCAACUUUGCCACUUUGAGAUGGAUUGACUAUGGAAAAAUGGCAACUCAAUGCACGUGCCGCAAGGACAUGGUGAAGAUCUCCAUGGAUGUGUUUGUGAGGGUCCUGCAGCCAGAACGAUAUGAUUUAUGGAAACAAGGCAAAGACAUUGCUGUCCUGGACCACAUGAAGCCCACAGCUCUGACCAGCCCAGAACUGGAUGCCUGGAAUGAGACAAAGGCAGAGCUGAAGGCAAAAUUGCUCCGCAGGAUAGGAGAUGAGGAAGAGGACAACAAACACCGGUCUCACAGAAAAAGGAGUCAGCACAGGAGACACAAAACAGAGGAUCAGAAGUCUCUCGGGGAUGUCAUGGCCAUUGAAACUGCCCUGGAAGACGUGAAAGUAAAAGAGGAGCUGAAACGAGGGACAGACCUGGAGGAAGAGGAGAGAAGCAAAGGGAUUGAGGGAGAAGGGGAGUGCAAAGUAAAGGCCCGUCCUCCCAAAGUGAAGGGCGAGAGGAAGAAGAAGCACCUUUUCCAUCAACACCAGCACCACCUCCAAGCCCCUCAGCCCCCCGUGCAGCCCCCAGUGCCACCCCCAGCCCCGCAGCAGCAGCAGCUGGCAGAGGGCGAGGCGGUGGCGGCGCGGCCACCGGUGCCCCCGGUGCCCCCGGCGCCGGCCACGGCGGAGAAGAACCUGCCCCCGGGUCCCCUGAACAUCAUCCAGCCCUCGGAGGCGCCGGUGGAGGAGGAGGAUUUCAAACCCAGGCCCAUCAUCCCCAUGCUCUACGUGGUGCCCAGGACCAAGAAGGUGGUGUUCGACAAGGAGCGCAUGUCCUGCCAGCAGGCCUUCGAGCAGUUCGCCACCCAGAAGAGCCUGGGCUGGAGGGAGCAGGCGGUGCCCCUGGAGAUCCCUGGGAAGGAGGAGGAGAAUGCAGAGCCAGCAACCCCAGAGGUCACUGCAGAGACUGCUUCUGCUUUCUCCAAAAUGAAGAUGGAGAUCAAAAAGAGUCGUCGUCACCCCCUGGGCAAACCCCCGACCCGCUCCCCGCUGUCCGUGGUCAAACAGGAGACCUCAAGUGAUGAGGAAACGUUUCCAUUUUCUGGAGAGGAAGAUAUGAGCGAUCCAGAGGCUUUGAAAUCUUUACUUUCCUUCCAGUGGAAGAAUAAAGCACUUAAUUUCCCAGCUGAAAGAAAAUUCAAUGCAGCUGCUGCCCUGAGUGAGCCAUACUGUGCUGUCUGCACCCUCUUCUACCCCUACAACCAGUCCUUACAGGUGGAUAAGGAAGCUGUCCCGGUGUCCGGAGGGGAACCGUCCUCUUUCAUCCACCUUUCCAAGUGUGGACAGAAGACCAAGCCCCUGAUCCCAGAGAUGUGCUUUACCUCAAGUGGGGAAAACACGGAGCCCCUUCCUUCAAAUUCCUAUAUUGGAGAGGAUGGAACCAGUCCCUUGAUAUCCUGUGCCAAAUGCUGCCUGCAGGUCCAUGCUAGCUGUUACGGAAUUCGUCCAGACCUGGUGAACGAGAGCUGGUCUUGCUCGCGGUGCUCAGCCAACGCGUGGGCAGCGGAAUGUUGCCUGUGCAAUCUCAGGGGAGGAGCUCUUCAGAUGACCACUGAUGGGCGGUGGGUCCAUGUAAUCUGUGCUAUUGCUGUCCCCGAGGCCCGUUUCCUCAAUGUAAUAGAGCGUCAUCCUGUGGAUAUCAGCGCUAUUCCAGAGCAGAGAUGGAAACUGAAAUGUGUCUACUGUCGGAAGAGGAUGAAGAAGGUGUCGGGUGCCUGCAUCCAGUGCUCCUACGAGCACUGCUCCACCUCCUUCCACGUCACGUGCGCGCACGCGGCCGGAGUGCCCAUGGAGCCGGACGACUGGCCCUACGUGGUGUCCAUCACCUGCUUCAAACACAAAGCAGCAAACCAGAAUAUCCCAUUCCGAAGGGAGGUGGCCCUGGGGCAGACUGUGAUCACAAAGAACCGGAAUGGGCUCUACUACCGGUGCAGAGUGAUCGGCACAACCACGCAGACCUUCUACGAGGUCAACUUUGACGACGGUUCCUACAGCGACAACGUUUACCCCGAGAGCAUCAUUAGCAGGGACUGCAUCCAAAUGGGACCCCCUCUGGAGGGGGAGCUGGUUCAGCUGCAGUGGACGGAUGGGAUCAUCUAUAAAGCCAAGUUUAUUGCAGCCCAGAUCAGUCAGAUUUACCAGGUCGAGUUUGAAGAUGGUUCUCAGCUAAUGGUGAAGCGUGGAGAUAUUUAUACCUUGGAGGAAGAGCUUCCCAAGAGAGUGAAGUCUCGCCUGUCCCUCAGCACUGGGGCCCCUCAGGAAGAUGUAUUUUCGGGAGACGAAGUGAGACCGGCCAAGCGUCCCCGGCUGGGGAAUUCCAGAAAUCCUGAAGAAUAUGGACAGAACCCAGAUUACUUGGCCUUUAUGGAGAGCCUGUUGCAGACACAGUACCAGCCUGGGACUCAGAGCAACAUGUUUUAACCAGGAUUAAUUAAAAAAAAAAAAAUCUUAAAUUAACCCUUUUUUGAGUUCGUGGAAAAAAAAAAAAUAAAUGGGAAACUGUGGAAUGGAAGACCAGCCCUGUGCAAUAGUUUGCUGUGAAUUUCUUUCAUCUCCUCUUGGUUUGGACUGCAGGAAAACCCUGUCUGGCUCCACGCUACCUCGACCUUGCCAGGUGUUGCUGACCAAGAGAGUGGGGAGCUUGGAAAA